CUCAAUGUCAAGUCGAAGUCAUUGAACUGUCAUUUCAUUAGUAGAAUAUGCACAGCUCGGCAUGCCGUUUAAUCAGGGCUUUGUUUUUUUAUUUUCCUUUUGAUGAAAGGAUCAUUGAAUUGACCAUGAGAGUGUAAUGUGCGUGAACGAACAUCCAUGUUAAAUCGUGACCGACCGCGAGGUUUUAUGACGCGUUCUCUAAUCGAUCAUGUUAGUGUAGAUCGUUACUUUAAUUACAUACGUGGUGGCACGAUGUCGGCUCUCAGCAUGCAGGAGCAAGCGGAAGCCGCCGACCGAGCGCAGAUGCUCAAGAAGAUCCUGAGCGCGUCCUUCUACGCGCUGGCCUCAUUCAUGAUCACCGUAGUGAACAAGACUGUGCUUACGACGUACGCCUUCCCCUCGUACCAAGUGCUCGGCCUGGGCCAAAUGGUGGCCACGAUCAUGGUGCUGUGGAGCGGCCGCUCCUUCCAGGUGGUGCAGUUCCCGGCGCUGGACAGCGGCAUCGUGCGGCGCAUAUGGCCGCUGCCAGUCAUCUACCUCGGCAACAUGGCAACCGGGCUCGGCGGGACCAAGGAGCUCAGCCUGCCGAUGUUCACGGCGCUGCGACGCUUCAGCAUACUCAUGACGAUGCUUGGAGAGAGGUUCGUGUUAGGCGUGAGAGCCUCCUGGUCAGUUCAAACCAGUGUGUUUGCCAUGGUUGGUGGUGCCCUGCUGGCUGCCGCCGAUGACGUCACGUUCUCCGUGUCCGGAUACACUCUGGUGCUGCUCAAUGAUGCAUUCACUGCUGCCAAUGGUGUGUACAUGAAGAAGAAACUGGAUGCCCAAGACCUUGGUAAAUAUGGCCUCAUGUAUUACAACGCAUUGUUCAUGAUAGUCCCAGCUGCAGUAGUUGCUUGGGCAACUGGUGAUUUACACAGAUCUGCAGAAUAUGAGCACUGGGGUGACUCCCUGUUCCUAGCACAGUUCCUAAUGUCAUGUGUGAUGGGAUUUAUUCUGUCAUACAGUGUAAUGCUCUGCACUCAGUACAAUAGUGCACUCACCACCACAAUCAUUGGCUGCCUGAAAAAUAUCCUGGUGACAUAUUUGGGGAUGGUUAUUGGUGGUGACUAUGUGUUCUCGUGGCUGAACUUUGUGGGUCUGAACAUCAGUGUGCUGGCCAGCCUGCUGUACACAUAUGUAACGUUCAAGCGCAAGCCUACUCCCUCGUACAUCCUGGUGGAGAACUCGAAGGUGGACACCGUAUAGCAGUACCGUAAGAGGAGACCGACUCAGUGCUCUACAUAUCUAGUAUAGUAUUGAAGGUGGUGCCAAAGAUGACUGUGACAGUGAGUGACAUGUAAAUACAUAUUAUUAUCAUUUAACUUGUACAGAACAUAUUUUAUGAAGUUCAUUCGUGAAAUAUCAACAAUCCCUGUGCAGCAGUAACAUUUUCAAUAGAUCUAAAAUGCAACCAGCUUUUUUGGGUAUGAGUGAUAUCAAACAAUAUUCAUUGAAUGAUCCAGUGUUAUUUGCAUUAAUUAAAUGUUUUGUAGCUAUAUGGUCAAUGAGACCAAUUAAUGCCAUAGUAACCAAAUCAUGGUGACUUAUUAAUAUUUAUCUAUAUUAUAACAAUUUUAGUAUAUUUUGUAACAAUAAUAUUGCCGAGAUUGUAUAGAAUUUAUACUUAAAGCUUCAUAAUGAGAAACAUAAAAUAAAUAUGUUAUGCUCUGUGUAUAAUAUAUUUAUUUGAUUCUCUAAUGAGCAAUAAAAAAUAUAUAUGAUGUAACAACUAUAAUUACUGUUGUAAGUAUUUGAUGGCAAAGUUGUUAAGUUUUCAAGCUUAUCAUAACUGUUAAUAUACACUUAAACGAGCUGAUAAUAAUGUUGAAAUGUACACCUCAGCAUUUCAUUUGCAGUUCAGUAAUAAAAAUACAUUAUCUUGUAAUAUUUAUAUUGUAACUCUAUUGCAAAAAUAUUUACUUAUUAUAAACCAUAUAUUAUAUAAGUAAUACAGGAGAUAUAUUUGUACAGAAAAAUUGUAUUGUCAUGUAAAGUGUAUAUAACAGCACACAUUAGCUAUUUAUAAUAUUUUCUUAAAUGAAACACACAGAAUUCACAUUUAUACCACACAUUUAUUUAUUCAAUAAAUACAGAACACAAAACUAAAUGCAGCUUGAUAGAAGAUCAACAAAACUUUGCAAAAUGAUUUUUUAAGAGAAUAUUUUUUGAUUAUGAGGCUCUGUACAUAAUGCUUAGUUUUAUAGAAAAUUUUAAAGGAUAUAUUACUCAUAACUUAGUUGGAAAUAGGCAUUUUAUACGUAUAGAUUGUAUAUCUGGCUGGAGAUGUGCUUAGCUUAUGUAACACUCUUACUAAAUACGCAUAAACAAUGAUAAUUUAAAAUGUGUAAAAAAGGUUAUUCAUACAGGAAUUGCCUACCUAAGAUGCUUUAGCAUGGUUCCUUGUAACAAGACUUAGAUUGAAACUUUAUUAUUUAAGCAACUCUGAGCUGAUUUCAACCUCUUCAAAUUUUAAAGUCUUUUGAUAAUUUUGAGAUUGAACUCUACAUUGAAUGGCAAUUUCAAAAUAUUUAGUAGCACCAAGGAUACCUUAUUUACUAAAAUCUCACCUCCAAGUAAAGAUGGAAAAAGCCUUAUGAGAAGAUUAAUAGACUGAUAUUUAUCAUGUUAGUGCAUUAUUUAGAUUUUAUAGUAGCCAAGAUACAAAUAAAUAUAUGUGUGAAUUUUAUCAAAUAUUUAUACAGGAAUAUAGGAAAGUAUAUAGUUAUUGUAUAGUUUUAUAAGUAUAGACAAUAGUGGAUGUUUCUGUUUGUAUGUAAUAGCCUGAAGCUAGCCACUUUGAAAGAACAUAAGCUAAGCAUCUCUCCUGCCCAAUAUUUAAUGUUGACACACUCAGACCCUAGUUCCUCAACAACACAAACAUCCGUUUUUCUUAAAACAACUGUUUACUAUGAAUUUUCACGCUUAAUUUUUAACCGACUUCCCAAAGAGACGGUUCCCAAUUCGUCGAGAUCUUUUUUCAAAGUAAACAGUUGUUUUAAGAAAAAACUGAAGUUUAUGUUGUUGGUGAACUUGGAUCUAAAAAAUAUUAAUCAUUGCGAUAGGUUAAUCUCUCAAUAAAUCAUAUUAGUACAAAUAUUGUAAAUUAGUGUAAGCAUUUUAAGAUAUUUUCGUAAAUACAUACAUACACCGUUAUUAUAUUUAUACCACAGAUGAAGGAAAGAUAGCGGAAAUGCCAUAAGGGGAUGGUAGGUCAGGCGCCUUCUUGUAGGUCAAGUAGAUGUGGUCAGUUACUCGAACUAACGAAGCGGUUGGGCUCCUUGUCAAAUCAAAACUUAUCUGUCAAAGAUUGGUCUUUUUGAAAAUAAUGGGCGGGUUCCAUAGAAGGCAUGUAAGGGCGGAGCUAGUAUCGUUCCUCGUUCCCCGAACUCCUGCUCUUUGGCGCGCUACUUUCUUAGGAGAUUUUGCGUUAUGACAUCUCUGCUAGUCAUUUCGUUCUCCAUGAUUUAUACCAAUUAAAUUGAACUCUAUUUGUUAUUCACAUGUUGAUUGAAAAAUAGAUUGUAACACAUGAAUCAGUUUCUCUUAAUAAUAUUGAAAUAUGGACGGACCAGACAAUUGGACUUAAAUUGAUCAAACUAGGCAUCGUAACCAAUCUUCUGCAAAUAGGAUGAACAUGAUAUUUAAUACUUAUAUUUUAAUUUACCUCGAUUUUUUUAAAAUGUAAGGGUACCAAAAUACUAUUUAAUAAAAAAUUAUAAUCAUACUUCAGUUUUUGGCCGAUUUCAAAAUACCUACAGACUUCUUCUCCGUUAAUGUGAAAAUCCUACAUUAUACAUGGAUGUUUUUCUAAUCAAUAAGAUACUACAGGCUUUGCUACAUUACUUCCAAGUUUCAUCAAAAUCCAUUCAGCCGUUUGUAUUUAAAAUAGUAACAAACAUAAGCAUACACACACUUUCGCCUCUAUAAUAUUAGUGUUAUAGUGUGAAAUAAUUUGCUUGAAUUAGCGUGAAUUACCUACCGACACUAAAAGGUAUAAUAAUCACCCUAUGUACCUGAGCAUUACAUAAUGUGACUUAGAAACGCUUAUUUACCUACUGUAAGAAAUUACAUAAAGCCUCUAUUCUUUAAUAAGUGUGCAUUUUCCAUAGUUUCCGUCAUAGUUUUGAAUUUGCAAUACCUAUUUAGUGUAAACAUGUUAAUAUACGCAUGUAUAAACUAAUGGCCGCGAUAAGAUAAAGUACUGAAAACUUCGAGCAUUGAACCAACUAGAACCGCCGUGUGAUAUUGUGUGAAACAAAAGUCAACCAAUUUAGGAACGGGAGCGAGGCGACAGUAGAACUUUUUUGCAAAAAAACGGGCACUUGAGUGAAUCCCGGUUUUAAGGAUUCGUGUGUAUGUUUCAAAAGGUUUUAAUGACUGGAAUAUGUUAACAACAGCAAAAGGAUUAGCGAAGCAAGAGUAAGAGUGUAUUCUAAGAACAUUGUUGGACUCGAAUUCUUGGCAGAAAGUUCGUCAGUGUUUUGAAAAGUUAGAGAAAACCGCUAAUGCCAUUUUAAUAAGUAAUCGAUGCACCUAUACUACUAAAAGAUUCGGUAUUUUUGUGCAAACCAUUCGAUUUGGUACAGGAACGCACGGCAAUGGCUUGUCCAGUUGGUUUCAUUCCUUAAAACUGAAAAACACAAACUCUAUUGGAUUUUAUGAUCUGUAAUUUUAAUUUAGCCUUAUCUAAACGAAAAUUUUAACAUGCGAAAAAGUUAAUUAAAAAUUCUGCAAUUCAGAUACACACAUUUCAAACAUUUGCUGAAAAUGCCUCUUAGUUAAUACCAGAUACGUGUUUGUUUAUUCAUUAGUUCACGUGUUUCCUUUAACAUAUGUAUUUAUAAACUAUACAAAAAACGAAAUCAAUUUAAAAAAUAGGUCAAUGAAAAUUCUUUUUUUUCAAACAAACUUAUCGAUGAAUCCUAAUUGAAUCAAGAUAAUAAUUUCAAUUUAUUGCAUAUCUAAAUUGAUCAAGAUCCUAUAAAACUGAUUAGAUUAUGUUAUAUGCAAGUGUGAACAUAAUUAUUAAUUAGCCUAACACCUCGAAUGGCAUUAGUUAAUACAAUUACGUAUCUGCGCUUAUUUGUACCUACUGAAUAUAAUGAAAUACAAUUACUCUGCAUUUCAAUAAACAAAUGUAUUGUUUCAAUGUUCCUAUAAACAAUAUACAGUUUCUCACUUCGUUUAUUUACAGCUGAAGAUUAUUUAUAAAACAAUAUAUUGCAUGUAUAAUUACUUCGAAAUUCCCACAUUACGGUAACUUAAAUCGAAUUUGCAUAAUGCGGUAAAUACGCGCGUAAAAUUCGCCCCGACAUGGUCGUAAAAUACGCCAACGCGACGCAAAAAAUACGCGCGUUUGUGAGCGAACUUUACGCAGUUUAUUGUAUUUCCAUAAAAAAUUACGUUAACAUUUAACCGACGGUACGUUAUGCGUCCAUGCCGCUGACAUUCGACGGCUGGCAGUCAGUUUGGUUUGAACGCAGCCCGAGGGUGAAUUGCACCAGUUAUUUAACUAUAACCAAACCAUAGCGAACCGUGUACCUGUCGCCUGUCAAAUCGGCGAUUCGACAACUGAAAAUGAAAAUGGUUCGGUAAUCCAGAAUAGUUUAAUGGUGCAUCAAAACAGCGAAUGUUCAUUUUAUUUCCAUCUAUCUAAUUCUUUCAAAGAGAAAAACUAAAGAGUGCUCCUUGUGUUUUAUAAGGAAUUAAUCCUAAAAAGAAAGCUCUUAUCCCAGCUCUACAUCUCUCUCUACUCUUUAUUAGCUUUGUCUAAACACCCUGAACAGUAGAAAAGUUAAAAAAAUAAAAUACAAUCAGUGCCCCCGACUCCACCCUCUUGGUUCACGUUUCCUCGAAUGCAAUUGCCUAGGUAUUUACUUCGGUACUUCUACAGCAAUUACAGUAUAAUUGGUUUCGUAUUCAAUACGUAGACUGAAAGCCGAGAAUCUCACCUUUCUGUAUAUUUACUCGCUUAUACUGAAAAUACUGUUUACUUGUUUUUAUUGUCUUGUAACUAAAUAUGCAACCUUUUUGAAAAUAAUUUAGCGUGUUUUAGGAUUUGAACUAUUACUGAAGCUCGUAAAUAGUAUUUAAAAGUUUAACGUACUAAAUUAACUAGCGAAUUGAAGGUACAUACAUCCACAAAGUGCUUUGCUAAAAAGUUAAAGCUGAAAUCCCGACGCGCUAAAACUUUUAAGCGAACAUUAACCACACUAUGAAAUGUGGUAUAAAGUUGGCGAACUAUCUUAAAUAUCUGAAUAUGCACUAGAAUAUAGACCAGUAUUUUUUUCAGUUUCAAUUUCAGAUAUAAAAAGUUGAAAGAUAUAUUCUAUCGAGCGUGUUUUUUUUAAAUUGAAGUACGGUAUUGAAUUCAGGUAUACAAAGAUAUCUGUAUGUUAGCAUGGGAUGCAAAAGCUACUAAUUGCCACGUGCUAUUGAAUCGGGAACUUCCCGGCCACCAGACCUCUCGAACCGAGUAGGCUUGUUCGAUAUUCGGUACUGAUCGAGCUAUUUUUAGUUUCAUUGGAUUUUGCUUAUGAAGAGUUGCGAGAACAUGUACCAGUAUAUGUAGGUGAAGUUUGUUUAUUGUUUUUGAAUGCACUAAUCUCAGGAAUAUACUAGAUCGAUUUGAAUUUAUUUCCACUGUGAGAAAGCCCAUUUAUAUGUAUACUCUUGAGGUUCCUUUUCAUACGGGUGCGCGGAAUAAUUCCCACAGUGAUAAGUUUUGAAAGCAACCUGUUUAUAAUUCUCGAAACAACUUAUUUCAUGUCGUUAUUUUAUUCAACUCGCCGCGUAUUAAUUAAAUUCUAUACAAAGCACAUUUUCGUUAAAGUCUGUUUGAACUAAGCGGUCGACCGUUUCGUUUUGAAAUACUUGUACCUUUAUUUCCACUUGUUGGUAAAGUACUUAAGUACUUACUACGAGUAGUUGGUGUUCAUAAAUACAAAGUAGUUAACUGAAGUGAAUAUUUUACCGCGUACCUAUUGUUCGAGGAAAAUGUAAGCGCAUCAAACUUUUAUCAGCUUAUAUGUUUGUUCUGUAAUCAGUAUUAGAUCUAAAUGUACGCAUAGUUGACAAUAAAAUACAAAAUUACUCGGAAAUGUUGUUAACAUGCGGACAUGUUCUAAAUGUUGAGAUGCCGAUGCUAUCACGCUAUCUUAUCGUUUAAGUUUCGUGUUUAUAACACUUGCAACAGAUUAAGAAUAUUGCUUUAACGAGUAUUUACUAUCUUUCGUCCUAGAUUCCUAUCUAAUUGUAUUAAAAGACCAAAUCUUGGUUACGCUGUGAGAUAGUAUAGGCCGGGUGUAUGCAAAUCUAAGACAGUGCAAUCAGUCUCUCAGAGCACCAAUAAAGUGGUUUAACGAUUGCAAUUUUGCAAUAUAACUCGUAUGACUAUAUCCUGGUCUCAGGAUGCUCUGUACCGCUGGUUUGUUUUACAUAUAACACUACUUUUUAUUACCUAACGAGUGAUGAUUCACAGCUUACGUGUUUACACGAGGCUCGAGAUAAAUUUGAUUAAAAUAAACUGUUCUUUGCAGACGUUCAUUUGUAUUCAUUACGCGUUCACGGCGGUGAAUGUCUAACUACUUGAUCUCAAGUUAUUUUUUUGAAUAUUUCGUCGACGUAUAAGUAUCUAAAGUACUUCAGAUUUACCUAGAUAGAAAACUAUUUGGCUUGGCUCCACAUUGACCUGACCUGACUUUGUUUACUCGAUUUCCGAAUUUGGGAAUUACCGAUGAUCACUCACGCAGACUAGGUACGCCUUUGCCAACUACAAAUAUUCGAAUUGUGGGAAUCGAAACCGCUGAAGCAAAGAUAAACAGCCUGUUUCAAAGCUGCGUGAGCCUAGCUGAAGUUGGUUACGUGAAAUGUUAAUACAUGAACACACUCCACCUAAACUGAGGUCCGUAUUUCAAAAUGCAGAGAAUUUUCAUGUGCGCUAAAACCUUAUUUAACCGUAGAAACACAGCAUAUCUUGCUUUUCAAACAGAAUAUCUAGAGACUAAAAUCUGUCCACAUUUCAAUGUCCUUUCCUGCUUACAUGUGCAAUUUCCCAGACGGCUUUAUGCACGGGGGACAAAAUCUUCAGAUGUAGGAUUAUAUCAGUCUGAAACCACAUGAAGAGAUUUUGCUAUCACUGUACAGUGAGUGGGAUGAAGCUACAUGCGGCGUAUAGCAGCAUCCCUUUUUGCAACGAAAUUCUCACCGCUUUGAUGUAUCGCGGUCCUUGGUAUUCCGUUCCUAAAAUCCUCGUACUGAAUUAAGAACAAUGGGAUUAAAGCUCACGAGAAUCAAAGCUCUUAUUUCAUCCAUGUUCAUAUUUGACAAUCGCAAUAAUGACUGUACAGAUUGUUAUCAAGUAAAAACAUUAUGUAUAUUGUAUUUUAUGUAGUUACUUUGAAAGUGCCUCGUUAGCAGGAAUUUAUUUAUAUUAUAUCUAGAUAUAUUAUUAUUUGUUAUUGCAGUAAAUGUAAGGAAUAUUUUCAUAGCAUAGUUUGUAUGAACUCCGAAAUCAUGUCAACGCUGAAAAUGACUUUUCAAACUUAGUCUAUAACGCAAGGAGAUUCUAAAAACCUAUUGUAAAACCACUCGUAAUAGUUUCUUGUACGUAAGUUUUGUGUGUAAGCCUAUUAUUUUCUUGUUAAUACAGCAUUUAUAGAUAUACCUACCUAUAUAAUGUUAACAAAUAUUUAUGAUAGUGUGUACAUCCGUGUUAUUCCAACAAUGUCCAAGCCAUAUUGAUGGGAUCACACGCCGAAAAUGGGAAUUUAAUUAUAAGAUUAUAAUCUAGACUUUAUUGUAAUUGUAAUAGAUUCUAAAAUAGCGAGCAAUGUUAGAUCUUUAGUGGUCGCCUUGUUUUGAGCAACGUGGUCAAAGAUAAAUAAAUGAUGUGUAUUGGUUUAAGUCUGACAGGCUAACGAGACGAUUAUAUUGUUAGUCAGGUCAUUACGUGCUGUUUAUAUUUCUAUUUCCGUGACACGUUAGUCGUCAAGUGGUACAAUUUAUUAUUGAAUCCGUCGUUUUACUUGGUCGACAUGUAGCGUGCAGUGAUACGUUCGCCUAAUCACUGAAAAUUACUAGGCGAAGCGCUGCUGUAGGCUGCAGUGGCAAUUUAAACCGCUUUGUCGCUUUAAAAUUCAAUAAGCCUUUAAAAUCGAUAUAUGCUAGUACAUUAGCCUACUUGUGAACGCUAUGCUGGACAUACAAUAUUCACUAGCAGCUAUUCUUCGACCACAACGCUGUUCUAACAAGCAAAUAGGACAAUUUAUCAAGUACUAUCAAAUUAUUUAAUUAGUGUUAAGGUUUCGCGCACAUUUCUCAUAUUUCAGUAUCGUCUCUUAAAUAUUUUAUAAGAAGCAAAUGCAAUAAUUUAUUCUUAGCAUAAACUAUUCCUUAUCGAUCGUUUAUUGCAGUUUGAAUUUAUUGCGAAAUGAUGAGGUUAGCUGUAUCGCAAAAGAGUGCAUAAAAGCGUUUAUUUAUAAACUAUUACUAUAUCAAAUGUUUAUUCCGAUGUGUUAUUAUUUAAAAAGACAGUCAGCAUUAACUAAGCCAUCAUGCCUCGUUGUCAGCGAUAUACGAAGAAUGUAUUGAUAGAUUUACAAUUUGCAAAAUGGUGUUUGGCAUGAAGUUACAAAGCUGCCAAUAAGCGAUUAAUGCUGUUGGCAGAUUUUUAAUCGGGCCCCGUCUACUGGACGUUUAAUUUAAAAGUUUAGAAGAGUUUUCCUAGCAGGCCCGUUGACAUUUUAACGAUUCAUGGCUAGCCGGCCUCGUGUGAACUCUAGUUAACAAUUUAAUUGUCCAGUGAAAGUACGCGGUAGCUGGAAAGUGUCACACAAAGCCAGCAUUCUGUAAAAUUAAUUUUACACCUUUGCUAUUCAAAGUAUGAUAUGUAAGGUGCAAGAUACCGUACAUAUUUGGACCGUUGUUUAAGAAUUAUGAUAUUUUUUGCAAGUACUUGGAGUUUAGUUAAAGCUGAUUGUUGAUUUAAAUGUAAAGUCCAAACAUCUUGAUAUGAAACGUGGUCUUAAAAAAUGCCGGCUUAGGGUUAAACUUCUAGGUUUUAAACCAUCAAGAACUAUUAAAUAAGUUUUUGGUUUGAGAGUAUUUUUUAAAACUACGUUUUAUAAUAGGUGUACUUUUAUCUCCGGAAUGAUUAUCAUAAGUUCUUCGCAUGGGAAUCAAAAUAUUAGUGAAAGUUAUAUGAAAAUACAAUGGGAAUGAUCUAUGUACAUACGUGUACAUAUAACUAUGUAUAAAACAAUGAAAUCAAUUUACCUAUAAUUAUGUAUUUUUCAAGUAAUAUUUUGUUCAACAGAUAAUGAAUAUGCUUGACGUAAAAACUUCAUUUUCCAUAGAAUAUUAUUUAAAACAUUAGGUACUAUUACUAAUAACACAUUGUAUAAGUCAGGAUGACUGUUUAUUUUUUUACUUUAAAGUUUAAGUUAAGGGUGAAUGUAAUAUUUCGUUUAAAUUACAGAUAACUGUUGUAAUAUCAGUCAGUUGCAAACUCGAGUAGUCUGUAAUGCAAGCUGUGUCAAUAAUGUGAGGACUAUAAUCAGAAAUGCACUUGAUAUUCGUAUAUAUAAAAGCUAUAUAAAACGAGUAUAGCAAGUUCUUUGGCCUUGUUUAAAAUAUCCUCCUAAAGCUUGUCAUUGAAAGCAAAGGAACUCCGGAAAUUAUGCCUGUGGGAUCCAGAGCCGCCGUGUACAGCCAAACGCGACUGAUUUUGUGCUUGACAAGUUCUAUCCUUAAGGGUAUUCAAAUAAAGUUCAAAGUAAUGCAGGUUUGCAGCGAGGGAAUUUACGCGUUGUCAAGUCUAGACCUCACGUAGUAAUUUCAAAUCAUAAAACAUUGCUAAGAUUCUUGAUGGAAAAAUUUCCGCUUUAGUUUUAUUUGGGUCUGGUUUUUACAAAUAACACUUUGUGCAAUAAAUGUCUCUUGUAGUCUCUCUUUGCGACUGACUGUUCAUCUGUUUGUACGUAUGCUAUAUGACUAUAUAUUUAUUAUGAGUAAGUUCAGUAAUAUAAACCUAGUUGUAAGUUGGUAUCAGACCAUUAAAUUCAUCAACUGCUGAUCUUGUGAUCAUUAUCGUGAUCAUAUGGCUGUGUUCAUAAAAAUUUGGGCUAUUUUUUUAUUUUUUAGUUCCUUUCUAAUAAAGUAUUUGUAAAAUUCUAAAUUUUAAUUUAAUUAGCUUUUACCUUAUUUAAAGUGAAGAAGCCAUAUUAUUUUGUAUAAUUCAAUUUCGAUAAAGGAAUAUAGAUAUUUACAGUGA